AUGCAAGCACGAAGAUACGAUCCUAUUGAUCCUAUUACCUUCCAACAAUUAGCUCAAAAACGAAAAGAUAUUUAUCAACAACUUCUUUUAUUACGGUCACAACGUAAUGCUCUCUCCAAAGCUGCUGCCUCUCAUCAACGAAAGUCUACAUCUUCAUCAACUUCAGCACAAGCAUUGGCAUCCAAUACUCGUGAACGCAGUAUUCAACAAGCCCAAGUCCUCAAAGCAAGCAUCAAGCAACAUGAACAAGAUCUGGAACAGGUAGAAUCACAACUACUUGCACAAAGUUUAAUGAUACCCAACACCAUCCAUUCUCAAGUCCCUCGUGGUGAUGAACCAGUGAUACUCCAAGAAAUACAUGGAACUAGCAAGAAUGACAGCUUUGAACCUUUGGAUCAUGUGACACUGAAUCAACGACUUGGAUUUAUGGAUAUGGAACAAGCCAGUAGGAUUGCCGGUUCUAGUUUUUAUUACUUGCAAGGUGGGGGUGCUUAUCUGGAAUUAGCAUUGAUUCAAUACGCUAUGGACAAGGCAGUAAAACGUGGUUACCUUGGUAUACUGACACCUGAUAUUGUACGUACAUCUCUUGCAAAUGCGUGUGGGUUCCAACCUCGACGUGGUGAAAGUCAACAAAUGUACAAUGUGAAUACAGACAAUACAGAUGGAUUGUGUCUUACUGGUACAGCAGAAAUACCUUUGGCAGGCAAGUUUUUGGAUCGGAUCAUCCCUCAAGUAGAUCUACCACAACGUUGUGUUGGUUUUGGUCAUGCUUUUCGUAUGGAAGCCGGUGGACGUGGUGUAGAAACAAAAGGACUAUAUCGUGUACAUCAAUUUUCCAAGGUCGAAUUAUUUGCUGUUACUACUCCUGAUCAAAGUGAAGACAUGUUAGAAGAAUUCAAAACAUUACAACAAGAUAUAUUUACUGAACUUGGUCUUACCUUUAGAAUACUAGAUAUGCCAGCUCAAGAACUAGGUGCUAGUGCUCAUCGAAAAUAUGAUAUGGAAGCUUGGUUACCCGGACGCAAAAAAUGGGGUGAGAUCUCCUCUACAUCUAACUGUACAGAUUAUCAAGCUCGACGAUUAUCCAUCAGGUACCGUCCUACUCAUCCUACUUCAGACAAUACCUUAUUCUGUCAUACUUUGAAUGGAACUGCCAUGGCCGUGCCUCGUGUGAUAAUUGCCAUUCUUGAAACUUUUCAACAACCAGAUGGUUCUGUUACAAUUCCUGAAGUAUUACGAAAAUGGAUCCCUGGACAACCAACUCAUUUGACCCCAUCAUAG